GAGACAAGAGUUCAUCCUCGAGUUUUCAACUGAAAUCUUUGAGACCAGAAGAAGAAGAAACAGACUAGUCUAGACUUCUUUCAAGGAAAACAUGGAAUCCAAUAGGGGACAAGGUGGAAUUCAACAGUUGCUUGCUGCAGAACAAGAAGCUCAGCAUAUUGUAAAUUCUGCCAGAAAUGCCAAGAUGGCUAGGCUGAAACAAGCCAAGGAAGAGGCUGAAAAGGAGAUUGCUGAAUACCGAGCUCAAGUGGAGAAGGAGUUUCAGAGGAAACUUGCGGAGAGCAGCGGAGAUUCAGGUGCUAACGUGAAGCGACUUGAGAAAGAAACCGAUGCAAAGAUUCAACACCUGAAAACCGAGGCUGCAAGAAUAUCAGAUGAUGUCGUCCAAAUGCUUCUCAAGCAUGUAACAACCGUAAAGAAUUAGUCCUCUUGAGGUGGCAAACAUUCACGACCUGUUGCUGUCGUUUCCCUGCGUGAUGUAAUAUUCGCUUCGUUGUCCUUUAAUCUAAACUCUGGUGAACAGAUUAGACCAUUUUUAUCAGGUAAACCAGUUUGAGAAUAUGUAGGACAAAUGGCGUGCCUAUUAAUUUUAUGCAUGCAGACGAGAGAAAUAAAAUUUUAUUCAUGUCAA